UUUGAUUUAAGUAGGUGAACAUGAGUCAGUUUAUAUGCUACAAAAGGUUGUAGAUUCUCUGCUAGGCACAACUCAUACUGGUAAAGUACUGUCAAAACCUUAGGAAAACUUUCUCUAUUUGACCUAGUAAAGCAGUGUUCCACUUGAAAAGACUACCUCUAUAUCCAGUCAACAGGCAAAUUUAAAAGAAGCACGCUGAAGGUAAUCAUUGUUGGAGCCCAGAGGAUAGGGGAAUGAUAAGGCUUUCAAGCUAGUCCCACUAAAUUGAUAUUACUAUAAUUGUUAUCAUUAUUAUCAUUGUAAAUAGCAUGAUUUGUUAUCAUCUAAUUAUUGGUAAAAUGUUGAUUAGACAAUGUAUUCUUAAAUCAUCUUCCUCUUGUGGAACAGGGUACUCAUAAAUAUGUGAGAUGUCAGGUUUUCUGUUUUGCAUGCAUACGUGAAAUAUUAAUAUUCUGCAACAUUACCUUCAAGGGUCGUUAUAAAAUAUCUAGUUCUUUUCAGUGCUACAAUAAUUGUGUUAUACCAAAAGCCACAUGCAGUCUUUGAUUGUCUGUUUUUUUUCCACGAUAUUGGUUUGGAGUUUUCGUCUCUACUGGUGUCGUGUUUAGUAUUAUACUGUGUGUAGGUGUGGGUUUCAUAUCAUGGCAAUUUUUCAAUAAACUGGCUUUGAGGUUCUUGCUGACCUACAGGCCCCUGUAUCUACACUUGUGUGUGCAUUUCUCUGUAUAGUGUAGGAAAAAUUGACCAAUUCUAUCAAUGAAAGAGAAGAAACUAUGCAGUACACCAAAAUGUUCUACUUGAGCUCCAUCUGGAUAAUUUCUUCUGAAAAUCGCACACAGUUGGCCUUGGAGCUUUGAAAUGAUGCUUGGCACUUCCUAGGACUAAGGAGGACCUACAUGUAGCACCAGAUGUAAUGAUGGGCUAAAGAGCUAAAGAGGGAUGAGACAUGUAGUAAAAUGGAAUGUUUGGUGGACAGUGUGAAUUUUCUUCCAAAUGAGGUUUUCCCAGACAGUUUUAUGCGUCGUGAAAUAUCUGCUUUUAAGGUUCCUUGCCCAUUCAUGAAGGAUGGGUGUCCUUGGAAGGGAGAAGUGAGAUAUUUAGAGGUACACAUAGAAACAAAGUGUUAUGGUUAUCCAAUUACUUGUGGAAAAUGCAACAAGGAUGGAAUUUCAAGAGGGAAAUUGAAAGAUCACCAGGAUCUUAUUUUUGGCGACUGUGAAGCCGUGCAGGUGCAGGGACCAUGCCCCUUCUCUCAGAUUGGCUGCCCGAAAAGGGAUUGUCUAAACCAAAGGGAAAAGAAACAGCAUUUGCAGAAGGCCUUUGCUCAACACAGUGUUCUGCUGCUUCAGCUUGCAAUUCGAACAAGCAAAGAAUAUGAGGCCAUUCUGACCCGUGACCCGAGGAUCAUGUCCAGGAGUCCUCAAUUAUUGACGAACCAUGACAGUCUUAUUCAAGAUCUACAGAAUCAACUACAAAUUAGAACUGACGAAAUCAGAAGCCUUCAAGGUAAACUGCAAGAGAACAGUCGUCGCAUAACCAUAUUGGAGCGAACGUUAGCAUCAGGUACUGUUUCUGGAGGAGCAUCGUAUUACCUACGGGACGUGGGCAAUUUGAAAAGGCAACUUGACACCACACAGGAGAGCUGCAGGAGGCAUGACCGAAGGAUUGAAUCUAUUGAGCACACGCUGGCACUUAGAAAUGUAACCCUGGCUGAUUUGGAAGAAUACGUAAGACAGCAAGAGAUCUCAAGCUACGAUGGCCAGCUGUUGUGGAAGAUUUCUGAUUAUGCUCGUAAACGGAAUGAUGCAGUCACAGGCCAGCAAGUCUCCUUUAAUAGCCCUUUUUUCUACACCAGUCGCCAGGGGUAUAAAAUGUGCGUACGCCUGUAUCUAAACGGCUAUGGUCAGGGCAAAGGAACUCAUCUAUCUAUGUUCUUUGUGGUCAUGCGUGGUGAGUAUGAUGCAGGUCUCGACUGGCCAUUUAGACAGAAGGUCACCUUCAUGUUACUGGAUCAAGAUGGAGUGGAACACGUAGUCGAGGCCUUCACUCCUUGCUUGAGGCGCUCGUCCUUCCAAACGUCAAGUAGCACCAUCGCCGGUGGAAGUACAUCGUUCUUUCCGCUUGAUGAAAUUGGUAAUCGCGCCUAUGUUAAGAACGACGUCAUGUUCUUAAAAAUAAUUGUCGAUACCUCUGAUUUGUAGAAAGUGUUUGUUCAUCGAAGGGUAUGUUGCUCAUACCCUCCAUCGUUUAAGUUUCUUUCCUUUACGUAAUGUUUAUCUAAGUUGUUGUUUGUUUUCAUUUGCAGUGUAAUGUUGAUGUUUUGAGUGUUUUUAUUUUAUUACUUUAGCAACUUAGGCUUGUGAAGGGCGGAAGUCUGCAUGCGAUAAGAGUUGGUAUAUGUUUUCGGCGUCAGUAUUUUGCAGGUUUUCCUACUCCUCCAGUUUUUAGUUUUUCAUUCCUUUAGAUCGAGGACAAACUGCAAAAAUUUCAAGGUAUACGUUUAGGAGCCGCUAUAGAAUUACAAAUGAGGAAUAUUCUCAAUAGUAUGAUUUAGGUCUCUACCCACCAUAUAUGCAUGUUCAAGGUUCAUUAAUAGCUCUGAUAGUGAUAUGGAUAGUGAAAUUAAUACAAAAAUAGUACAAUAGUGCACAAUAAAACGCAUGCAAAAAAAUCUGUGAAAAACAUUUGACAUGUUUUUCACCUUGAGAGUUUUUUAGAGAGUUUAGUGUGCAAAACCUAAAAAGCCAAAAACAAAACAAAGAAAAAACAACCAAGAGAAAACAAUUGAAAAAAAUUCAAAA